GUAUACCUGAGGGAACAGCCCGAUGGAACAACCUGAGGGAGAAGAAGCAACUCUCUGAAGGCGAAAUGGAAACAUUAGCCUUUAUAUAUCCAGCAUGGUGGUUCAGUCAUUACGAAAUCAUCUCAGCUAAAAAGUUUUCCUUUGUCCUUGACAAAGCGUUUCACCGUUUCCCUCACUGUGAUGAAGGACUGGUUUUAGGCUGCACUUCUGUUCUGAUUGCGCGCACACCACACGGCCAUCGUCCCGCACCUGCUCCAGACGUUCCUGACGUUCCACUAUGAUGGUUCUCUUUACAAGGCAAAUAAAGCCAUGGUUUUAAUCCCUGCAACAUCCACUGACCUAUUGAUGUGUCACUGAGGAAGGCACUACACCUGCGUAGUUGCUCGGUUUAGGAUUGAAAUGUCUUUCUGCACAUGCAACUCAACACACUGGGACUUCCAGACUUGACUUGAGUUUGUGGUGUUAAAUGACUGAAGCUGUAACUGACAGAGAGACCAAAUUUCAUCUUUGCAACACCAGCUGGUUGGAAGACUUGUUGGAACAACAAUGUAAGACUGUGGGACUGUGUUUGGGCACCUGUUUGCUGCUUGCAGACUGUGACCAUGAGACAGCAGCGCUAAGUGGAUGUGACUGCUCUGAUUGCACUCCAUGGGAAAGCGAGAAGAAAUAGCCUACCUCUGAUCAUCUACGGCGUCAUAUAAUGUUUCAGCGGACGCCCCUCCCCCUGUCUCGUUUUCCCCCUCACUCAACCUCUCCUUUGACUCACAGAGACGGCUCACCACUGGCGCACGGACCGUGGACGAUACGGGCAGAAGAUGGCUGACUUAGCCGGGCACCGCAAGUCCUCGGCGGCAUCACCAGCGUCACACGGGCCGCUGAAAAGCUGCAAGACAUCCGCCGUCUGGCGACUGUAAACAGCUGCCGCUGCCUCUCUCACCCCCUCCACUCCCCUCCUCACCGCAAAUAUUGACAGAAGUAUCAUAGAGAAAACAUGGCAGAGAUGGAAAAAGAGGGCAGACCUCCGGAAAAUAAAAGAAGCCGAAAACCAGCUCACCCGGUGAAAAGGGAAAUAAAUGAAGAGAUGAAGAGUUUCGCAGAGAACACCAUGAACGAACUGUUGGGCUGGUACGGCUAUGACAAGGUGGAGCUGAGAGACUCUGACCACCUGGAGAUAGGGGAGACGCCACAACACAUCUCUGUCCUCAAAGAAAACUUGUUGCCAAAAAUCCCAGCUUCAACAGAGAGUGGCAAAGGCUCUCCGGAUCGAGACAACAGCUCCCAGUCUUUGCCAGCCUCAAGGAACGGAGUCACGGAGUCCUCCACCACACCGUCCACCUCCACACCCAGCACCAAGGAACAUGGCAGCCUGCCCAUCAUAGUCCCCAUGAUCCCCCCGCCACUGAUCAAGCCCCCUGCAGAUGAAGAUGCAUCCAAUGUGCAGAUCAUGUGCGCCUGGUGCCAGAAGGUCGGCGUCAAACGCUAUUCUCUGAGCAUGGGCAGUGAGCUGAAGAGCUUCUGCAGUGAGAAGUGCUUCGCCGCCUGCCGCAGAGCCUAUUUUAAGAGAAACAAGCUGGGAUAUGUAAGGAAUUACGCUGCGAGAGACGACGAUGGCCUCGGUGGGAAAUUACCCCAGCACAGCUUUACUCAGGACACGCCCAGGCUUGUCUUCAAGACAAACAGCGAUGUGCUUGUGUGUGACUGGUGCAAACAUAUUCGCCACACUAAGGAGUACCUGGACUUUGGUGCUGGUGAGCGGAGGCUGCAGUUCUGCAGUGCCAAAUGCCUAAACCAAUAUAAGAUGGACAUUUUCUACAAGGAGACCCAGGCCGCGCUGCCUGGAGCUCUCUGUAACCCAGGACAUGGAGCUGGGGGGGAGGGUAAGCUGGAGUGCAGCGGAGGGGUACAACUGCUCACUCCUGAAUCUUGGGGAACUCCAUUAACGGACCUCCGGCGUAAAGCUCCCUCACCAGGGGGGCCUUCCACCACCUCUGCUUUUGCUCCUUCCACUUCUUCUGCCACCUCACCCUCAGACACUGCUGCCAUCUGCUCCCCGUCCUCCUCCUCCUCAGCCAAAAUCCCCACACCCAGACCCCAUGAGAGCCCCACACUCCCCCCACCACCGGUUCCCUCUUUGCACCCCCCUGUUGGGGUUCCUCCUGGUAGCCCUCCCAUGGUGAUGACACCCCGGGGACCCAUGCCCCUGCCUCUGUUCAUGGAACAUCAAAUGAUGCAGCAGAUCCGUCCACCAUUUCUUCGCCCCUCUGCCCACCCAGCAGGGCCCAAUAGCCCCCUGUCAAACCCAAUCAUCCCUGGUAUUGGUCCACCACCUUCCGCUAGGACCAUUGGUCCAGCAUCAAGUCCCAUGCAUAGGCCCCUACUGUCUCCACAUGUCCAUCCCUCUUCCAAUCCUAACCCUGGCAUGAUGCCUCCCCACCCUGGUCUCCCCAUGCCAGGCCUUUCCCCUUUCCCCCCAAUCAACAUGAUGCCGAAUGGACGCAUUCCUCUGCCACCAAUGAUGAACUUUGGCAUGCCAUCCUUGGCGCCAUUGGUACCCCCACCUACUCUUUUGGUCCCUUACCCUGUCAUUGUACCCCUCCCUGUCCCAAUCCCUAUUCCAAUUCCAAUUCCCUUCAGCCCCAAAACUUCUAGGGACCAGCCAGAGAGCAGUGGCUCCGUCCGCAGUGCUCCAGAGUCCUUUGAAGGUUCAGCUUCUUGGCCCCAUUCUCCAGGUUCCUCUGGAGGUGACAGAGGGGAGCAGAAAGUAGACUCAUCUGGUGCAGAGCAUCUUUCUCCUGUACGCUCAGAGAGAAGCAGGACAGCGUUGGUGGACUUGACUGUGAAGGCAGAGGACAAUUCGGGCAACCUGUGUCUAAUCAGCGGCCCCGGACCGAUGGAUGGGGUGAUUGAUCUAACUGUGGGCCAGAGAUCAUGCCAACAGCAGGUAAUUCAGAGGAUGCUACCUGGGGUCCAGGUCAAAGUAGAGGCAGAGGCUGAAUCCAGAUCUCCACCAGCUGCUGGACUGGAGGGCGGGGUGGAGGGAAGUCGUGAUAUGGAGGAAGGGGUCCUGUCACAGGGCCUCCUCAGUGCUACGGAGCUGGAAGGGUCCACACACCCAAACACACUGCAAUCAUCAGGCCCACCCUCCAACAACAGUAGCCCUUCUUGCAAUACUGAUCCUCCAGUAAACCAGCUAAAUUCCUGUAUCUCCAACUUUACCCCACCACCCUUGCCAAGCACAGCACGGACCCAACCCCUGCCCCAGCGCCAAACUAGCCCUGCUGCCCCAUGCAAUGUCAUAGUCAAUGGUACAGGAUGGCAUUCGCUUCUCACUCCUGCCUUUGAGUCUUGCCCUGACCGAAGAGCAGACAGUGUUGCAGGAGAAGGAGAGGCAGAGGAGCAGCCAGCCAAUGGGGAGCUGGAGCGUGAGGCACUAAAAGAGAACAAUUGCUCAGUUGGAGAUUGGGAGCCGGGGAAGCGGGGCUCAGUGCAAGACGAUAUGGCGGACACAACGGAGGGUAAGCCAGACCCUGACUCCAACUUGGAGGAGGGUGAGCAUGCCUAUGCCCUGCCGCUGCUGUCCACCGGAGGCUGUGUGGUCAUCCAGCCUGUGCCAAAGCCCGGCGCUGACAAGACGGCCAUCCUGUCCUGCUCCAUCAGUGCCCCUUUAUCAGCAGACGGGAGCCCAGAGUUGGAGCCGCCACUGAAGAGGAGGUGUCUGCGAAUCCGCAAUCAAAACAAAUGAGAUGGACGCUCUGAGGACCACAGUGCCAUCAACGACACUCACUUGUCCACCCCCCACCUCCAAAUCCCACCCUUCCCAACUACACCACCGCACACGUGCACACGUGCACACACACACACACACACACAAAUAUUUUUCUUGUCCUCACUCAUCGUCCAAUCUACCAGCACCACAAAUCGCCUUCGACGACUGAUGAGAGUCCAACCAAACAUGUUGAUGUGUAUCAUAGUAGAGCAGGACAAGACUCCUUUUGUUUGUGUGACGGACACCCUGAUGGACUAAACUGCUACAGACUUGAUGCCAUGGCCGCCAGGAUUGCUUGACAUUUGAACUGCAGACAGUAUAUCCCUGCAACAGGAGGACUUUACCCUGCUGCUUCUCUUCUCAUUUAGACUGGCCCACACUGGUUCAGACACCACAUCCACCCUCCCCUAUCAAAGCAAGUGCUCUCUGUAUUAUUUGUUACUAUAGUGUCCAAUAUUCAAAGCUGCUGCUGGAAAUUAGUGAAGGAUCCCCAAAAAGAGAUUUCCAUCCCCCAGUGUGAAGGUCCUGUUUCGGCCUGUCUGGUGGCACACCACAGGUACAAAAUCUCUGCUACAGUAAGUGUUAUUUUUUUCUCACACAAGAUGUCAUUAAGGUAUAGACUGAUUUCACAAAGUUUAGAUUGUAGAGCCACUGAGCUGGAAAAAAAUAGCAGAAAUUCUGCUUUAUCUUCUUGGCCUUUGCUUGUCCACAACCAGCAGAAAUGUACUCGUCAACCUGACAUAAAGUGUCCUGGGUAAUUCUGAUGGGUGCUAGCUGAAAAGAAGCACAUCAAGCAUAAAAAAGUUGAAGCAAUAUGACUGAAGGACAAUUUAAAGAGAUAUUUAAAUUAGAGGCUGGAAAACAGUUCAAAAUGACCAAGUGCGUUGAGUAUUAUUCCUACUGAAUCAGCAGACUGGAGGAUAAAAUAUUAACCUUCACCAGCAAGUAAUGGUGUGUGGGUGGAAUCAUGCAACCUCUGCCAUUUUCCUGUGGCAUCUAUUUAUUUGCUCUCAAACAUCACUGAAUUUAAAUAUAUAUUGUGACAUUAGAAUGAGACAGAGUUGUCAUGAUAAUCAUUCCUAUUAUUGACAGUUUCACAACCUUGGUAAGGCCAUGCAGUAACAGUGCUACAGACCCCUGCUGUUUUAGAACAUUUAAAGCUUACUGCACCCCCAAAAGAACUUGGAUGGCAUGACAAUAUAGAAACUCUGCCAACCUGCAAUGGGUACUUGCUACCACAGGCUAGUACGUAAUCUUUUCUAUAAUACAUUACCAGUGAUGUUCCUGUAAUGGGUUAGUUUGAGACUGACUGCACUGAAUGUAGAGGGGGCAGAGGGAAGCCAGCUCUUUCAUAAAUAAUUCUUUUGGGACCUGGAGGAAAACUGCUGAAGUAACACUACUAAUAUUUCUACAAUAAACGCAAUGAAAACAAAUUCAUUUUGGAAGUAAUUUGACAAAUAUUUAAAACGUUGCCUCUUGCUCCUCCACCAAUCCUGCCAAGUCGCUGAAUGUUUUUGCCAAUUAUUACUUGUUUUGCGCCAAAUUUGAAGCCAACGUUGUCCUUGAUUCAAUGUUAUGCUCUAUGUACAGCGUAGGCAGUUUAAGUAAAAGCAUCACAACUGUCACCCAUCCAGUUUGAUCUGAUCCAGUUAUACCGCAGCUUAAGCCUGUGAGCUGGGACUACAUCAAACAAUGCCAGCAUUUAGUUUACACUCCUAUGGAGGAGGUACAUUGUACCAGUGUGAGACAAGGUAUUAUCAUACACCAAAGGCCUCUGGUGUGUUGAAACAAAACAUGUCACCUUGUUUUCAGUGGAAAUGGGAUUUCAAACUGAAGAUUUGACCAGAUAAUUUAUAGUUGCCAAAAUAACAAGCACUUAUUUUAAAAAAGAAAAGAAGAUAUAGGAGAACACAAGUGGAUGUCAAAAGCAGUAUUACCCUGUUGUCUUUAUGGUUUACUAAAUCCAUAAAGGCCUAUGAUAUGUCACACUGCGAAUUUGGUGAAAUACAAAUAGUGAAAAAGAUAAUGCAGGACUUAAGUAGCCUUUUAUGAUGAGUUACAUUAGAUGUGUGCAUUGCUUUGCAGUCCCAUCCUUUGUUUUAUUUCAUUCUGUCAUGGAGAAAAAAUGUGUCAGUCUUUGCGAGUCCAAAUGAGGCCCAGCCUUUACUCAUACACAUGUUCGCAUGUCAUAAGCAUACCUACAGCACUCAAAAUCACAUCACACAUGCACACACACAGUGCACACACACAAUGCACAUAAUCCAUUUAACUGUGUGUACGUGUGUGUGUGAGGCAGGUGCAAGCAGAAAACCCAGUUGAGAUUACAGAGUGUUGACUCAGAGUAAGCAGUGUGCAACUCUAUCUGUUGCCUGUUAGUCAGGCAUUUAGGCUUAGCUUGCCGCUUGCCAAGGCCCAGCUUUGGUGUCACUUUAAGCAUUUCCUUGCCCCUGCUUCAUUUCUCUCCCAAGCAAAGGCAGUGAAAAUGCUCUUUUUAAGCUGCCUGUCUUUUUGCUCAAGUGCAUUUGUCCACAAGUAUACCUUUCUGUAAUUCCUUCACAGAUAUCCAUAAGCACAGCCUUUCUAAAAUUACAGUUUGCACCCCUACUCCAAUAUUGACAUUUCCCUGUCGGGCCACCAUUCUGAAUCUUGCUAGUGAAAGAACAGAAACCAGGGUUGAGGUAACCUAGAAACUGUAGUUUCUGUGCUGUCUUUAAAUAUGGGAGCCAUGUUAAACCAGGAUUUUAGAGGUCAUCCUCUAAAGAGCUCCUCAACACACCCCUUGUCAUUUUGACCAGAAAUCAAUUUUGUUUUUUAAUUAUGUCGAUUUUUCAUAUUUUAUUUUUUCUGUUGAAUUAUACUUAAUAAUAAUACUUAAAAUACUGUGUGUAAAAAGGUAUACAGAGGACAUGACCUUAUCCUUUAGCUAAACCCUGUACAAAAGUGAGCCACUGAUACAGCUCGGCCCUCUGUCUGAAGAAGGACAGGCUACAAUUUCCUACUUGUUUGUGUAUAGGCCUGCACCAUGCUGUUAAAAGAAGGUGGAAGUGCUGGUCAGCUUAGCUGUUAGGUGAGGAGAACAAAGUUUCCAAAAUGAUCCAUGUGUCCUGGUUAGCUCCUUUCUUUACUGCCCCAAGCUGUCACUUCAGCAUACGCUGCACUGAGCUGACAGGCUGCAAGCAUUUUCACAAACAGACUGACCUUGUAAAGGAAAAGAAAGGUGUUGGCCUUGUUAUUAUAUGACAUGUAGACUGACACGUUUUUGUGCUGAUAGCAGUGGAGACGAAUGAUGGCUAUGUGGGCAGAUUGACAUAAAAUGUACUGAGCACAGUGAUGUUUAUCAGAGAACGAAACCUGGACUGUCCAUGAGCUCCACCCUCAGGACAAAGCAGCAACUUUGUACACAAAAUAUCUAAAGUUAAUGGCCAGAGUUCAAUAUUUUGGGAAACACGCUUGAAAAGAGUGUUACCACUCUCAUGUCUGUCCUUUAAACGUGACGCUACAGCCAGCCGUUGGAUAGCUGUAAACAGGAGGAAAAAGCUAGCCAGGCUCUCUCUAAAGGUAAAACAUCUCUGCCUACUAUUAAUUAUUACUACUAAUCAUUAGUCUUUGUGCUAAACUAAGCUAACUGGCUCUGGCUGUAGCUUCUUAAGAGUUUAUACCAAAAUGUUGAUUAAAUUUGCUACCCAGAGGACAAAUGCUAAUUGUUUUGGUGACCUUUUCUCGUGCCACCAUCAGGAUAAAAUUUUAUUCACAGACUAACUGGCCAAUCUCCUGUCAGGAUCUUUACCAGAAAUGUCAUACUGAUUCAAAAAGGGGAAGGGGGGCUUGAUUUUUGAAGAGGAACUAACCACAAUCUUUUGUUAUAUCUGCUUUUUCUCCUGCUUGACACCUUUACACACACAUUCAGCCACACAUAGACAAAACAACAUGCACGUCAUGUCUGAUCCUAAUCUGCACCAUGUUGUGUUGACUUUGCAAAUGGUAUACUGUCCAUGUCUGAUACAGAUAUUGAAGAUAUGAGAGCCUAACUCUCACGUGGAAAUACUGGACCACUGAAUCAGUCGUUGUGAUGGCAAACAGACUCGUGACAAAUCUCCAGCAUUCCUUUUUCGAUGGUGGACUACAGGCUUGAAUUAUGCAAUGACAAGUAACACCAACCCUAAUAUAGACAAGUGAUCCACAGACAAAAUAAAACAGGACAUGACUUCAUGUUACUUUUCAAAAACAACAGAGAAGUUGCCUUAACUCUUGCUUGUAUAAUCUCUACAGUUAAGACAAUGUUGCUCACUUGUGAAGAAGACUCUCCCUUCUUUGUACAAAAUGAACUAUACCAGAAACAACAACUUUGUUAUCUUGCUAGUGUCAAUGUAUAGAUGAUCAGCUUUUUCUGUAACUUGUAUGGACCGUCACAUUUUUGCUAAGAGAAAACCCUCCUCCCAAAUUCCUUGUUCCUAAACAUCCAAUCUGUUCAACGUUUUAACUUGUGGUGGACUGUCAAUCUUUUUGUGUACAUUUUAUAGUAUUAUUUAUUGUUGACAAGUUUUGCAUUUGCAAAUAAUAAAAAAUAAAGUGAAGGUGGUUUGGCCUGAGCAUUCUAUUCCAAUGUAAAUGACUGGUGAACAGUGAAUAGCUUUUUUAAUUAUUAAAAUGGAGAAAACAGUCAUAUGAGGAGAUGAUCUUCUGUCUUUUUAUUAUGACGUUGUAACAUGUACAUAACAUGUGGCCAAAAUUGCUUUGGAAAAUAAUCAUUUUUUGUGUUGUAACAGUAUUUGUUUUAUCCAGUGAAUUGCUCAUGAAGACAAAUAAAUAAGAGGCACACACAA